GAUUUGAGUAGCUUUGCUGUUAAAAAAAUAGUUUAAGUGCAAUAGUUUAAAUAAUUAGGUAUUACAUUUUAUGCAAAUUAUUACGCACAACAAUUUUAUUUCCAUGGCGUAGAGCAUUUUUAUAGGAGUGUUGCUAUUUGUCACUUUAAAGUGUCCAAUACUAAAUGAGGUGGUACUCCAUGAUUGGUUAGCGAUACUUGAUAAGACUUAUGGUUACAUAGUUAUGUCACUUUCUUGAGGUAUUGAGCACUAGUAAUGCCCAUUAGCAAUUCUAUUUUUCUAGAGGAUUCAAGUGACACCUACCACUCUCGCUAGGUUUCAUGCAACUUAUUAUAUGCACAAUUAAUUUUGUAACCUCACACAAGAUUUUGAAGGUGUUAGAUUAUUUUCAUAAUUUUAUAUUUUUAUUGAUGAAAAAUACUUAUUAUUUAAGUUUAAACUCCUAGAAAAAUGGAAGAUCUCAUCGUCUUCUUAAAUUUUAGUCGGAGUUUGUGAGAAACGAAUGUGUAGAGCGACAUGAUGCACCAACUUUAUGCUAGGAGAUCAUGCAAGUCUCCCCCACCACCAAAAUCAUAAACUCUCACACUUCAUCUAAUCAUGUAUUGUCUAACUGAAAUCCCAGUAAAGAAAAUAGCUCUACCAAAAUCAUGCAAGUCUCCCUUACCACCAACAUCAUCACAGCUCACCAAAACCAAAUAUGGGAAAGAAAGUACACCCCCUACCUAUAAAUUCAGGAGACUAAAACCAUAACUCUCUAAUAAUCUCUAUAAUAAAUAAUACUAAAUUCGCUUCACCGCACGUAAUAGGAAGUGUGGCAAAAGGAAGGUACUUACAAUUAAGACUGAGAAGUCAUCAUGACAAGGAUUAGUUUGGUUGCAUGGACUCUCAUCUUCUUGGGGCUCGAAUUCUUUGGCCAUCCAGCCAUUGAAGCUGCAAGAGAAGGGAGGGUUUUGAGCAGAGAUCACAUGAACAAUGCUAACGGCUUCAACAUGUUACAUAAUUCGCAUGAUGAUGACGCUGGCAAGGCUAAUCGAGGGCUUACGGCUGGUGGUUAUGGAGCAGGAUCCAGUGGUGGUGGCGGUGGUUUUGGCUCUGGUGGUGGCGGUGGUUUUGGCUCUGGUGGCGGUCCUGGCUUUGGGCCAGGAGAAAAAGGUGGGGGUUUUGGCAAUGGAGGUGGUGUUGGGAUUGGUGGUCCUGGUUUUGGAGUUGGACCAGGGGGGAGUGGUGGCGUGGGAAUUGGAGGAGGAGGUGGUGGGUAUGGAUCGGGUGGUGGUUUUGGAGGAGGCUAUGGUGGAGGAUAUGGUGGCUCCCUCCCAGGCUAUGGUGACGGUCAUUCGGAGACUUCCCGUAGUGAGGAUCGUGAUCAUGAUGAGACAAUGAUGCACGCCCGGAAAGACUAAUAUACAAAUAUAUAUAACACUAUGCUUGCUACGUUUUAAUAGUGGGAGCAAAACCUAAAUAAAAUGGCGCUAGAGUUUUUAGUCUCUCGUUCGUAUGCCAUGCCUACCUAUAGGUAUGUAAUGUUGUAAUAAAUACGAAGUAUUGACUCUUCAAUUUAAAGCAUUGAGCAGUAAAUUGUCUCUAGUUAUCCAAACUAACAAAUA